ACAGAUAUGUGCUCCAGUCUAAGCGACUUCUUUGCCUGCAUCAGGGCCCAGGGAAAUGUCGAAGCGGAUUCCACCAGCUCCACCCAUCAGCGGAACAACGCUGACCUGGACGAUGAGCCGCCCGACCUGCAGCCCAAACAGGAGCAGAUCCGCCAGAGGAGCGACACAACCGUGGCCCAGCACCACGAUUCACUCCCAGUUCCGCCUCCGGCUGGAUCUCCAUCGACGGACUACCUUCGCCCCUCUUUGCGGCCAGCACGGGUCUCCUACGAGGCCUUGGAGCGCUACUAUCGGAUUUAUGGUAGAUCUCGCCAAGACGCCGGGUCAUCUGGUUCAGUGAGAAAUAUUUCCGACCAGUUCUAGGCGUACAUUUGUUGGGACUUUGAGAUUGAUAUGAUAGGAUGAUAUAUGAUAUAUACGCCCAUUUUCCGCUAAAAGUC